AUAAGAGAAAUUAAAGAAUAUGGUUUAUUUUCUCUGCUUUGAGCAAAUGAGUAUUUAAACAAUCACCUUAUUGAAUAAGUCACUGAAAUUGGGUUACUGAUGAGGGACCUGUACAGUUUAAAGGAGAUCAUAAGUUAAUUUGGAACCUUAUUAUCAUUGGUAUAGCUAGAAAAAACCAUCACCUUGGAUUAAAAGAACUUUUGCUUUCCGUUCAUGGAUUUGCUUAUGGAUAAAUAACACUGCUAAUCAGUUAUGACAUUUUUCAUGGAAAGGCAUACUUAAUAUGAAAAAGGGUGAAAUCUUACAAGUUAAUUAGUUUUCUUCUAAAAGAAAGCAAGGUACUUUCAUAAUGAUAAAGUAGGGUAAAAGUAAUGGCCAAACAUGAAUUCCCUAUCUUAUCAGGCAAAAUAACAAUAUUUUCAAAAAAGCGCCAAAUAUAAAGUGAAACGAGAUAUUUCUCUUUUUAAAAGUGGAUUUUGGAAUUGGAGUGCAAAAAAUGCCAUUUUUUCAUGGUUAAAGUUUUAUGGAAACUCUAUCUCAAGACUAUUUUGAAUCCGAUUAAAAGCUAUUUAAACAAAUAAAAUUAUUUCAUGAUAUUUGAAUUUGUAACUUCGUGUAAAUUAUUUAAACUCCUAAGUAUUCAUUAAAUUAUAUUCUAGUCUAUAGACAAAUAACUUAUCAGAUAUGCUCCAACUUCGGAAGCAGUUGCCACAAAAAGUAGUUAAAUAUCCCUUCUUCUCUUGUCCCCCACCCCCUACUUUGUCUCUCUCCACUAUUAUCACUUCCUUCGUCUGAAUAUGAAUAUGAUCCAUGAAUCAUCGUGACUGUAAAAAUAUAACUUCCGCAGAGUUUUUUUUUUUUCUUUUCCUUUUUCUAUAUUUGAGUAAGAAGUUAAGAAAAGUACACGAGAAUUGUAUGUGCUUUCGCUUUAAAUGUGUGGAGAAAGAGAAUUGUCAAUUAGAGAAUUAAUUAAGUACAUAAUAAUUAGCCGUAGAUUAAUUAAGAAGCAUGAAAUAGUAAUAAAUUAAAAUGAUUUGCUUGUCACGCAAAUCUUAGGACAAUCGUUGGAGAUGUUCUUUAAAUGUUAAAAAGAGAGGCUGAAAAUUAACAUACAGUGGUAUCUGUGGGACCUGAGAGAAGUGACGUUGAUAAUGAUAUCCCACAUGAGAGAAAAUAGUAGGGCAAAGAGAGUGGGAGAAUGCCACGUGGUCAUGGGAGCAGCUUCGUUCUUACUUGGCUGGAAUUGAUUGAUCACUGUGAUAGAAAAACCUUCGAGACUGAUCAACAACAAUCAUUGAGGUCCCACUUAAAAUUAAAUUGAGAAAAUAAUAUAAAAAUCAUGUGAAUUGGAAAAUGAAAGAUUAUUUACUGAGAGCUGAGUUAAAUAAUAUAAAGAUUAUUAAACAUUUGUUGAAAGAUUUGGUUAGCUAUAGGGUGUAACUAGCAAUGAGAAAAAGACUUAAGAAACACACAUUGGAUGAAAUUAUUGGCCCUAAAGAGAGGGGAGAGGAAUAUUAAGCCGUCACUCAUUCUCCAACAUCAUCCACCUUCACCCAACAAAAGUUCCAUCAUUAGACUAAAUCCCUAACCUUCGCAAUCAUUUGUAUUAUCUUUUCCCUCGGUAAGGAUAGUCAUAAUUUUAUUAUAGAAUAAUCUUCUACGUCACGCCCUGCCCAUGACGUGUAUAUUCAAUAUGUGGCACUCUUAUUACAUGUGUCUUCUAAAGCAUGCUCAAUUCCCGUUGAUUCAGGGUUUCGAUUUCAAAGAAUAUAUAUUGUGAACAAGUUAUGUUGAUUUAAUUUAUGUGUCCCCCUACUAAGACCUCUCAGUCAUUUUCGCUUUUCAUUUUACCUAGCUAGCUUGUCAUCAAAAGGAUUCGGUGACAAAUCAUGAUUCAGCCAGAUUUUACUAAUUCAUAUGCUGCUUCUACCUCUAGCUAUUGCUAUUUGACAUUUAUAGACCUUCGUUAAAAAAAAUUUAGCAAGUAAUAUGAUUACAUAUUUACAUUAGCCCUAAUAAUCAUUUAAUUGGCCCCAGUGGUUUGUCCCACGUACAUGAAUAUCACUGUUUCUCCGACAGGACCAUAUUAAACGAUUAAUGACCAAGUUCUCGUUUCAAUAACGUACUGUGUUAUCGUUCGUGCCACAUAUAACUUCACAACGGGACCACAUUGAUCAGUUCCCCUUUCUUGCAAUGGCGAAAAAGGCCCAUCAUCUGAAUGUGCAAAGUGACCAAUUUUACAAGUAAUCCUGCUAUAUCUUCCUAAGUUAGAUCUUAAUGUAAGAUACUAAGUCCUUUUUAAUUUGCCCCUUUUGUCACACUCAGAGACAAAUCCCAUCUCGCUAAAGCUUAAAAUAAAUGCCAUGUAGUUAAGGUACAUAAUCAUAAACAGACAGAGAUUAACAAAUAUUUUAAAAUGCAUACAAAACUUUGAACUGUUUAAAAAGGGUAUAAUUAAUAAUGUUUAGUGUAAUUAAACUGAAUAUGUAAAUAUAAAUAUUACCCAUUAUAAUUAUUAUGUCUGGUCAAAUAGAGGAAGAAAAGAUCAGAGGAGGAAUCGCAAUGGAGUCAUCAUCUGUCACAUACACACCCCUAAUUAUUAUAUAAUUUCGAUGAUACAUGUUUUGACAAAUAUUCAUUUUGUCCUCAUCUACAUUAUUAUUGCCGUGCUAGCAAUUGCAUCCCUCAUCACCCAGCCAGAAACAAAAAGCAAAGAAAUCACCUAUUAGAAACUCCGUUUUUGAUAAGUGUAGAAAGUACAACAUGGCUUGAUUAUCAUUCCUGUUAGGUUCUCCAUCACAAGGGGCAGAGGGAGCCCAGAUAGAAGACAAUUAAUAAGGCUACCCCACACACCCCCGCAUGAUUCCAAACUAUCAUUCUGUGAUCAAGAAUGGAACAGAUGGGACUUCUAACUUCAUGAUUGGCAUUAAAUUCUAUUUCCAGCUACUUGAAUUAUUUUCUCUUAUUUCUUAGAGCUGUCACAUGUUAAAUUUAUUCACAAUUCAUCAAAUGCUCACGUGCUAGUUGCCCAAUUGAAUCUUGGGACUUCCAUUAAUAAUUUAAUUGUAAAGCAAUCAGGGACACAUCUGGAUAUAUUCUAAAUUAAUAAACAAGUUCUCAAACUUUUCUACUAUGGUAUGUGUCAUUUGCUUGCUAACCUAUUACCUUACCUACCAGUGGAAUGGAACAAACAGAUACAGCCACGCUUGUCUGUUGUGAACAGGAACAAAAUUAAAAGGCGCACCAUAGAAAAAGACUCCAAGAAUGUAUAUAACAAGAGUGCAUGACCAAAGUACUGAAAAGCAAUAAAAAAAAAGACCAAAAAAUCGUGAUUUUGGGAUGAUCUACAAGUAAUAACCUUGAUUCAAUGUACCCAAUAAAACAAAUAAAAACUUAACUAAUUGAUUAAUUAAGAAUUUAAGAUUCGUGCGUCAAUCUAGAAAACCAAAGCCAGAAAAGUGUUGGACUACUACCAAUGAGGUCUCCUAGCUUGACAUAUUCAACUAAACUCCUCAAAACUACUUUAAACUGGAGACGACAAAUGCUGAGAGAAGAAAAGUUAACAUUAAAGUAUUGGAUGGAUAUAGAUGAGGGGACUCUGGUCACAGAGAAGUGUACAUUUUUACGAGCACUCUAUAAAAUUAUAAAAACAUACAAAAAUUUGUAUAGAAGUAUAACGUAAAUUUAUACAAAUUUAAAUCUUCUUUAGUUGGGCAACAUUCUAUCCAAGGAAUUGGAAUCUACUGCUGUCUUUGUUUGGUGUUCUCUGUUCCAUCAAUUAUAAGGUGUUUUGUUCAUAGUUAAGAGGUGAUAUUCUCCCUAAUUAAUUUUUAGUUUUUUAUGUCCAAAUAUUUUUUUUAUUGGAGAGACAAAAAAUAAAAAUAAAACAAGAAAUGAGGACAAAUGAUUUGAUUUCCUGUGCAGGUGCAAAUUAUAGUUGUGAUUUGUGACACAAAAAGUUACUCUCAUUUAGUUACUGUUAUUUGAUAGUUUUCUCCUCUAAUUAAGGGAAGAUAAUGGAGGAAAGAAACUUUUUUUUUUUAAGAAUAAAAAUAAAAAGGGCAUUUUGGAGGGUGUGUCUGAGUGAUAUUAUUGUUCUACCCUUGUUUGUCAGGAGGUUUCUUGUAACUUUGGUUUUUCUUGAAACUUCCUACUAUAACUAACCACUAACACAAGCAUGUCCCUGCUGGAAUAUUUAGUAAGAAAUUCUAAUUAAAUGGCAAAGUCUCAUAUCUUUCCAACUAUAUAUACACACGCAGUACCAACCUUUCUGCCUCUAUAACUCAAUAUUUCAAAUACCCAGAGGGAGUAACUUCUUCAAAAGCUUCAAUUAUAUACAUUAUCCACAUUCCCACCUCUACAAAAUACUCAUUAGAUUUCCCUCUCUCUUUCUCUAUCAACUCUUUCAUAUCUUUACUCUGAUCAUUUCCUUCAAACCCCAAAAAUCAUGGGUCUCAGAGACAUUGGUGCUUCACUGCCUCCUGGGUUUCGGUUUUAUCCGAGUGAUGAGGAAUUGGUAUGUCACUACCUUUACAAAAAGAUCGCAAAUGAGGAAGUUCUGAAGGGUACCUUGGUGGAAAUUGACCUCCACAUAUGCGAACCAUGGCAACUUCCUGAGGUGGCUAAGCUCAACGCAAAUGAAUGGUACUUCUUCAGCUUUCGGGACCGCAAAUAUGCGACAGGGUAUAGAACCAACAGGGCCACUACAUCAGGGUAUUGGAAAGCAACGGGGAAGGAUCGUAUGGUGCUGGAUCCAACCACGCAAGAGGUUGUAGGGAUGAGGAAGACAUUGGUGUUCUAUAGGAACAGAGCUCCAAAUGGCAUCAAAACUGGAUGGAUCAUGCAUGAGUUCCGCUUGGAGACCCCACACAUGCCGCCUAAGGAGGACUGGGUGUUGUGUAGAGUCUUCCACAAAAGCAAAGAAGAAAACAGUUCCAAACUAAGCACGCAACUUGUGUACGAGACAACACCUCCAUCCCUAACUUUGGCUUCGUCAUCUCCAACCAACCAAUCCAUCCCUGUUGGGUAUAACAGAUUUCCCUCUUUCUCUUCCUCCAUGCCAACCCAUCAUCACUUCAACCCCACCCAAAACAAUUCUUUGAUGAAUCUCCUUCACUUUUCUCGGGAAACAAACACCAACAAUAGCACUGUUACUCAUAUUAGUACCAAAGGUGAUGAUGGGUAUGGCUUCUUGUGGGACAUGGAUCUAGAAGAAAAUAGCCUAGAUGAUGGCGUGGCUUCAAACUUGGACGCAAUAAGAUUCGACCUUGAUAAUAAUAAUAACAAUAUGGUCUUGUUGUAAAGAUGUGUUGUGUUAUGUGUACAUAAUCAUAUAGCUAUAUGUGGUUCAUAUCUCAUAAAUUGUCAAAAUUCGUUGAUUUGUGAAGUAUUUAUGGUGUUUCGCUUUGAGGGGCAAGUCACAUGAAAGAUUGGGAUUAGUUGUUCCAACGUUGUGGUAUGUUGUUAAAGUGGUAGGGUUAUUAUAUAGUGUGUCCUUUAGGCAUUUCGUAAUUAUUAUUUACUUCUUUUAUUA